CUGUCUCGUCCCCUCCACCUCCAACCACAGCUCGCUCAAUCGUAGCUGGCAUGCAACCAUGGGCUCCAUAGCUAUUCCAGAGCCCGCCAUGUCGGAGACGUCAUCUUCGCCCUCUGAUACCAUCGACGUGCAAGCACAUGCUCCUCCGCAGUCCUCGUCCAACAAGCGCACCUCCACCGAUGCCGGACUCAAGCCCAAUGGCAUGCGACCGAACAAGAGCGUCAAGAGAAGAGCUUCCAAGGCUUGUCAGUGCUGUCGCUCGCGCAAAGUCCGUUGCAAUGUCGUCGAACACGGUCCGCCUUGUACCAAUUGCCGCCUCGACGAGGUCGAAUGCAUUGUUUCGGAGAGCAAGCGCAAGAAGAAAUGGACGUCGAACGACUUGGGAGCUUCGCCGCAGCUCGGCAAGGGAGGUUUGCCAUUCAACAAGCCUUCCGUGUUUCCCAUGUCUGCGGCACCACCGUAUGCGCCAAUGCGGAAGGAAUCCGUUUCUGAACAUGUCCCACAUGCCUUGUAUCAAGAUCUCGGGCGAAGCAUGUCCAUGUCUUCAGAUCACCCCAGGCCAAAUCUUUACGCGUCAGAUAUGAUGAUGAACCUACAGCGACUGACUCACAAACCCUCCAUGUCGAGCCCAGCUGCCGUGAUGCCUCACUUCAAUCUACCACAGCAGCCAUCCUACAGCCUGCCGAAUUAUAUCAAACCGCUACCCUCGAAACUUGAUACGGAGGAUAUUUUGUACUUGGAGAAGAAGGGAGCUUUGACGAUACCAAGUCAGCAACUGCGCGAUGAGUUGCUCCGGAGCUACGUGGAGUUCAUACAUCCUUUCAUGCCGUUGCUCAAUAUCCACGAUCUGGUAGCGACGAUCGAUAGGAACGAUGGCAAUUCACCGAUCAGCCUGUUACUCUUCCAGGCUAUGAUGUUCUGCGCGGUUGCGUCAGUGGACAUACGAUUCCUCAAGGCUGCGGGUUAUGCAACCAGGAGAGAUGCCCGCCGAGCUUUCUUCACAAAAACGAGGACCCUCUACGAUUUCGAUAUCGAAGUCGAUCGCAUAUGUUUGAUCCAAUCACUCCUGCUUAUGACAUACUGGUAUGAGACGCCAGAUGACCAAAAGGACAGCCACCACUGGAUGGGGAUCGCAGUCUCGCUAUCGCACACUAUCGGACUCCAUCGAAAUCCAGAAAAAUCAGCUGCUAUGGAUCCUGCGAGGAAGAAACUGUGGAAACGAAUCUGGUGGUCGACCUACAUGCGUGAUCGACUGGUUGCACUGGGCAUGCGUCGGCCAACUCGCAUCAAAAAUGCGGAUUUCGAUGUUCCGAUGCUGGAGCUCAGCGAUUUCGAAUGUGCUGUGCUUCCCGAAGGACCAUCGUGUAUUCCUGCAGGCUGCAAAUUGCUCCGAGAUCUGGACAUGCAAAGGCAGCUGAACAUCAUGUGCAUUCAGAACGCGAAGCUUUGCAUCUGCAUGAGCCACGUUCUUAGUGUGCAAUAUUCAGUCUUGAACAGCAAUCAUGGCGUCGUUUCUGACGAGGGCAACACAGUGACCACGGUCCGCCUCGUUGCGAAAAAGCGCGAUCCUGAGCAGACGGAGGUACAGACAUGCAAUGCGGAGCUGGAGCAGUGGAAGUCCGAGCUUCCCGAUGAAGCACAAUACGCGAUUCCCACAUGGACAGAUGUCGAUUCUGGCAGGGACUCGCUCGUACUCAAUCGCAGCCUGCUGCAUAUGAUCUACUUUGCGACAUUGUCCGCUUUGCAUCGACCCCAGGUCCUGCCAUCUACAGCUCUGCCCCCACGACAGCAGCAGACGGAACAGCUCGAUCAUUCUCGUAAAGCUGUGCGGCUCGCUGCGAGCGAAAUUACGAGCAUUGCCUAUCGCCUCUACGAUCUCGACAUGGUGCGGUAUUUACCCACCUCGGGAAUCACAGUCCUCCUUCCGGCGAUAAUCAUCCAUCUUCUCGAUAUUAAAGCUCCAGACGAGGUAACCAGGAGAACCAGCCUCCAAGGUUUCUGUCAAUGCAUGCAAAUCAUGAGCAGACUUCGCGACAUCUAUGCAGCUGCAGACUACAGUACCGCCUUCCUCGAAGCCGCAAUUCGCAAAGCGGAAAUCAGUCUUCCUCAGAAAACCGAUGAAGUUCGCGAACGACGAGUCAUCACAUCUGCUCAAGAUCUACUGGGAGUUGGCAAGAGAUUGGGUGUAAUGCCAGCAGAUGAACGUCCAGCCAUCGAGCGAUCCGGCAGCGGCGCAAUCACACCACCACCAGAUUCCGCCAAUGGAAUCAGUGAUAGCAGCAACCGCGAUAACCGACUGCUGAAUCUCUCGAACAUGGGCCCUGCAUCCGCAUCUAUGACAGACGACGACAUCGCCCGCAAACUGAACAACUACCUAGCAUCCACACCUCCAGGAAGCGACGGCCACGCCACCCAACACGAAUCCGGCAUGGGCGAACACGAUGAAAACAGCGGAGCACCAAAUUUCCCAGGCCUAAUCAACAUGGCACCCGAAUUCGAGCCAGACUUCGACAGCCUGAUCAAUCUCGAUGCCGCCGGUGACGUCUGGGGUCUCGAUGAGGGCGCAUACGCAGCCAUGUCCGGCGAAAGCGGAGGUUUCAUGGAUGAAGCCUGGUUACAUGCAAUGAAAGAAACUGCAGGACUCAGUCCUCCGAAAGAUACGCCUAUGACUGGUGUUAUGGGUGUUACUGCGAUGAAUGAAUUGGGGCAAGAUGUCAGUUUGAGUAAGGAUAUUAGUUUUUCGAGAGAGGGGGAUAUUAAGGCUUUGACGGUUAGUGCUUGAGGCGUGAGAAUGACAUGAUCUCCAGAGGAUAUGAGUUAAGUGGAUGACCAAGAUACUUGAGGGCUUAUGAAUGGUUAUGAUGAGUCCUGGGCGGCAUAUAACAGAGACGGCUGAAAUUGAUGCAGAGAUGGGAAAUAUCAUGACCGAUGUAAAAAUGUAAGAUGUGUGAUGUUUGAAUACCAAAAUGUGGAAUCGCG